AUGUCUACUUCUUAUUCAUCAAAUCUAAUUGAAAUCAAUUGUCUCGGUACUAUAUUUCUCAUUCGUGAAACAUCUUUAAAUCGUUUUCCAAAUACACUUCUCGGUGAUCCAAAACGUCGUAUUACUUUCUAUAAUAAAAUAAAACAACAAUAUAUUAUUGAUCGACAUAUUAUUUCAUUUGAAGCAAUAAUAAACUAUUAUGAAACAGGCAAAUUAAAUGCACCGACAAUCUAUGAACCGAUUAUAUUCUUCGAAGAACUUAAAUAUUUUCAAAUUGAUAAACAACUAAUUCAAGAUUUUUAUAAAACUGAAAUCGAUGAAGAACUUCUAAAUUAUCAUCGUAUUGUACCAUUUAAUAAAAUUCAACGAUUGAUUUGGAUAUCAUUAGAAUAUAAUGAUUAUUCAUUUCUAACACAAUUAAUACAAUUCAUAUGUUUAAUUAUUUCAUUACUCUAUUGUUUUAAUAUUUCAAUUGAACUUCUUCCACAAUUAUCAAGAAAUAAAAUUAUUUGUUAUAAAUUAUUUUCAAAUCAAAAUUCACCUCAUUGUGAUAAUAUUUUUUUUGAUUUUCGGCCAUCAAAAAUUGUAGGACAAUGGAUUUAUAAAAUCGAACAAAUAUGUACUAUUUUUAUAACAUUUGAAUAUCUUCUUCGUCUUUUAUCAUCUCCAUACAAAUGGUUAACAUUUGUUUUACUUAUUAAUAUCUUUGAUUUAUUUAUAUUAAUUUCUGGUUGGUUUUAUUUAAUAUUAUAUGAAAUAAAUGAUUUUAAUAAUGAUAAACGUGAUCCAUUUUUUUAUAUUAAAUUAUUCCAAUAUUUAAUACUUUUACGUUUAUUUCGAUUUGUUCGUCUUUGUCGUUAUAUUAAAUCAUUACGAAUACUUUUUUAUGGUAUUGAAAAAGCAUUUAAAUAUAUUAUGUCAAUUGGUUUAAUAAUACUUUUUUUUGUAUUUACAUUUGGUGUUAUUAUACAAAUUAUUGAAAAAAAUUGGGAUCAAGCUUCUAUAACACGUUUAGAAGAUUUAUUUAAUAUUGUUACAAUAUCAACAAUUACAGUUGGUGAUGCUAAACGUGUACCAUUAUCACCAACUGGAAAAAUUCUUUGUUCAUUUCUUGCUGGAAUAGGAUUAAUCGGUAUUUCAUUACCAUUAACAUCAAUCUAUCGAAUAUUUCAAUCAAUUUAUCGAAUAGAAAAUAUGGAUAAACAAUUUAUUCGUACUAAAUAUGUUUAUCCAAAUGGUAAAUUAGUUACAAAUUAA